AUGGAAGAGAUUUGGGUUCCAAACUAUGGACAGGAACGACCCUCUAAUCUUCAGAUUGCUUCGUCUCUUCCUGAUACGCAGACUUCUACAAAUAACCUGACAGCCCCUGUUGGUCCUGUAGAUUUCAAUUUCCCUUUUCAUGUUGGAUCUCAACUGUCUUCGCAAAUCCCACAUCAAUCUACAACUGAUGCAGGAAACCUUUUGAGGUCAGAUAUAUCUGCUCUACCUUUUCGAGAUGGAAUGCUACAUCCAACUCCAGCUUUCGGGAUACCCGAUCCGAACACCAUACCUCAUCAGCCUAAUAUCUUGUCAAACUUACCAUUUUCGUCAUAUUUUGGAAUCUCUGAUAUUGAUUACCAUUUCGAGCCAUUGCCAUUGGAUGAGAACAUCGUUAACUCAAACUUGGUUUACAAGGAUAUUCACCCUGAAACAAGCAUGUACAAUAAUCAGAGUGUGAAUACCGAAAAUUUAUUAAUUAACCACAUAAAUCCCGUCUUUCAUUAUCCAAUGACCAGUCUUGACUCCGCCCAACACAAUUCCAUAAAGUCUGAGCCUAUAAUGAAGCCACCCAAUAUACCCCAGAAGAACGGGGUUGGUGCGUCAGGAUUACGCGUUCCUCUACAUUGUCAGGUGUGUCAAGCCACUCAGGCAAACGGACUUCAUUUUGGUGCCAGGACAUGCGCAGCAUGUGCAGCUUUCUUUCGAAGGACUGUUAGUGAUGAUAAGCAGUACUCAUGCAAAAGAAAUCAACGUUGUAAUAAUGCUAGUAAAGACGGUACAGGAUAUCGGAAGAUAUGUCGAGCAUGUCGUUUAAAACGAUGUCUGGACAUUGGAAUGCUACCCGAAAAUGUUCAACAUAAAAGAGCUCGGAAUGAAUCGUCCCCACCUCAAAGCCAUUUUGAGAAACCUAAAGCUUUACCGACGUAUGAAAACACUCACCAGACGUUUGUUUCUCAUCCACCUUUCUAUACUUAA